UGAAUAAAAAGCGCAAAAUCCAAAUGCAUUUUUAACGUUAUCAACUAACCAAUAGAAAACACGUUUAGAUCAACUAUGCUUGAUUGGUCGCUUUGUUUGCGUGCAGCGCGUAGAAACCGACAACAAACAUGGCGGACGAUCAUACUGAUGCUGAACAAAGCCUGGAAGGGCAUACACCAGUUGCAGAUAACCCACAUGCAGAAUACGGACUUACAGAAAAUGCACAGAGAAUAGUUGAAAAUGAGAAGACAAGUGCAGAAAAGGUCUCAAAACAGAAAGUGGAUCUCCAGUCCCUUCCCACACGUGCAUACCUGGACCAGACUGUUGUGCCCAUUCUUCUACAAGGACUCUCUGUGUUGUCAAAAGAAAGACCUCCAAAUCCCAUUGAAUUUCUAGCGGCAUACCUGCUGAAGAACAAGUCACAGUUUGAGGAUCGAAAUUAAUACCCUGGAGUGGACAUACACUGAUGCAUCACCAAGAAGAUCUAUAAUUCACGUAAAUGUCUUGUUUUUUCUUUUCUUUUCUUGAAAUACUCCCAUCUGGAUUGCUACAAAUAAUGUUGUUUUUAUUUUAUUUUUCAUUGCAGAAUAAAGUGUAAUUGAAUUUAAGAAAGAACAUUGUCAUUUUUCUGCAGUUGUAGAUGACAAGCAUUAGUUAUGGAGUUGCUUUUAUUGUCAAAAUAAAUCAGAAAACAAAGUAUCUGAAAAAUUCACAUAUUAAAAUAAACCAGUAUGAAUAACAGCAUAUUUCACAGACACAAUAGAAUACAUUCUUUCCUAUGAAAAUUCAAAGGACAAGGGUUUAUAGGGUUGGAUUUUUUUUUCAUGUGUAUAAAAUUCUGAGAAAUGCUGCUUUUUUUAAUUUGACCGCUGUCUUUAAACAAUAUCAUCAUUUAAUCUUAAUCAUAUCAUAAAAUACUAAACACA